AUGAUAAGAAAUUAUGGUUUUAUUUUAAAUGCUUGUGCCAGUUAUAAAAAUGAAAAGAUUUAUUAUGUUCAUAUAAUAUCGAAUGUUUAUAAUGCUCAUUAUAAAAAUCGUCCAACACAUGUUGUAUCAACAGGAAUAACUUCUGAUGAUCAAUUAUCUCCACUUGAUUAUGGAUUUUAUUGGUUUGAUUUUCGAGCAUUUUGUGCCAAUGAAAAUAAUCGUUUAGUUAAUUUUUGGAAUGAAUUAAAUGAUUUACCAAAUCAAAAAAUAAAUGAAAAACUACGAGAAUCUUCUGAUGAUAAUCAAUCCAAUACAGAAUCAAAUGCCUACUCUUUCUCUAAUUUUUUUUUAUAA